AUGAGCGCCAACGGCCCGGCGGCUCCCGGGGACGUCCCCGCGCUGCCCCCGCCGCCGCCGCCGCCGCCGCCCGGGCCGGGCCUGGGGCCCGCGCCCGCCGCCCCGGCCGCCGCAGCUCGGGACGCUAUGGAGGGGCGCGCCGACCUCCCCGGCUUCCCCCGAGCCGGGGCCCCGCCGCUGGCGGCUAGCGACACGGUGCCCGCGGCGCCCGAAGGUGCGGGAGCGGCUCGGCCCGCCGCGCCCCCGCGCCCCACCUCCUUCUCGGUGCUGGACAUCCUGGACCCCAAUAAGUUCAACAGCAGAAGGCGCCGCUGCGUGCUGCUUGGCCCCGGGGCGCCCGCUGCGUGCGCCCCCUGCGCCCCGGCCCCGUGCGCCCUGCCGCCCGCCGCCACGGGACGCCCGCCGCGCACCGAGGAGUUGGAGCGCCGAACCCACGCCGCCGCCGCCGCCGAAGGAGUCGGCGCCGCCCCGGGAGCCGAGCCGCAGAGUGCCGGUGACCCCCACCAGGCCGAGGAGGCCGAGGCCAACGGCUACAGCAGCGGCGGUGGCGGGCGCAGCCCGAGCGCGGACAGCGGGGACGACGCGCCGGAGGAGGAGGAGGAGGACGAGGCGCCGGCGCGGGGCGCGGAGGAGGCGGCGGUGCGGGGCGACGGCGGCCCCGGGGCCCGCGGGUCGGGCUGCUCCGGAGCGGCCGAGGCCGCGGCGUCCCCGGGCGGCGCGGGGCCGGCCGCGGGGCCGCGAGGGAGCUCGGGGCCCGGCAUGCCCGGCCCCGCGGCGGCCGCCACCGCGGCCGGGGGCACCGGGACCGCGCCCGGCGCGGCGGCCAAGCCCAAGCGGAAGCGCACGGGCUCCGACUCCAAGUCGGGGAAGCCGCGGCGCGCGCGCACCGCCUUCACCUACGAGCAGCUCGUGGCGCUGGAGAACAAGUUCAAGGCCACGCGCUACCUGUCGGUGUGCGAGCGCCUCAACCUGGCGCUGUCGCUGAGCCUCACCGAGACGCAGGUGAAGAUCUGGUUCCAGAACCGCCGAACCAAAUGGAAGAAGCAAAACCCGGGCGCGGACACCAGCGCGCCCACCGGCGGCGGCGGGGGCGCGGGGCCCGGCGCGGGGCCCGGCGCGGGGCUGGCGGGCGGCCUCAGCCCCCUGAGCCCCUCGCCGCCCAUGGGCGCGCCGCUCGCCAUGCACGGCCCCGCGGGGUACCCGGCGCACGGCCCGGGCGGGCUGGUGUGCGCCGCGCAGCUGCCCUUCCUGUCCAGCCCCGCCGUGCUGUCGCCCUUCGUGCUGGGCUCCCAGACCUACGGCGCGCCGGCCUUCUAUGCCCCGCACCUCUGA